AUGAGGCAACUGACAUCAUUCCCAACCAUCGACGUCCUAGUAAUAGGCGGAGGAAAUGCGGGCUUCUCCGCCGCAACAGCGGCCGCAGAAGCAGGAGCACGCCGGGUCGUCCUCAUCGAAAAAGCACCAGAAGAUUGGGCCGGAGGUAACAGCUACUUCACAGCAGGCGCCUUCCGCACCGUGCACAGCGGUACCAGCGACCUCCUACCCAUCGUCAACAACGUCGAUGCCGAAACAGCAAAACUCACAGACAUGGAACCAUACACCAAAGAUGAUUUCCAGGAAGAUAUGGAUCGAGUAUGCCUAGGCCGUUCAGAUCCAGCCCUUAGCAAAGCGCUCAUCUCAGAAUCCAACGAGGCCGUAAAAUGGCUCGCAAACAACGGUAUCCGAUACCAACUCUCCUUCAACCGCCAAGCUUACAAAGUAAACGGCCGCUACAAGUUCUGGGGCGGCAUGGCCCUCAAGACGCAAGACGGCGGAAAGGGUCUCAUGCUAGACCACCAAGCCUGCGCCCGCAGACACGGAAUCGAAGUUUACUACUCCACGCCUGCCAAACGCAUCGUAACCUCUCUCUCCGGUGCCAUCACCGGCGUUGUCGUAGACUACAAGGGUAUAUCCACCCAUAUACCCACCAAAGCCGUCAUCCUUGCCGCGGGAGGCUUCGAAGCAAACCCACGCAUGCGCGCCCAAUACCUCGGUCCAUCCUGGGAUCUCGCGCGCGUCCGCGGUACGCCCUUCAACACAGGCGAAGUCCUCGAGUGCGCCAUCCGCGACGUGGAUGCGAAGCAAGCAGGGAACUGGUCUGGGUGCCAUUCUACCUGCUGGGAUGCUAACGCGCCUGCGAACAGCGGCGACCGGCUUAUCUCGAAUGAAUUCACCAAGUCGGGAUAUCCGCUUGGCAUUAUGGUCAACACAGAGGGAAAAAGGUUUGUAGACGAGGGCAUCGAUAUGCGGAAUUACACGUAUGCGAAGUUUGGACGUGCGAUACAUGGGCAGCCUGAUGGGGUGGCGUGGCAGGUUUGGGAUCAGAGGGUUGUGGGGUGGUUGAGGGAGGAGGAGUACAGGGAUGAGAGGGUAGAGAAGGUUUGGGGGAAGACGGUUGAGGAGUUGGCGGGGAAGUUGGCGGGGGAGGGGGGGUUGACUGAGCCGGAGAGGUUUGUGGAGACGGUGAAGGAGUAUAACGAGGCGGUUUAUGCGGCGAUGGCUGAGAAUCCGAAGAGGAAGUGGGACCCGGCGGUAAAGGAUGGGCUUACUACGCAGUCGUCCAAGAAGAAGCUGGAACUGGCGAAGUCGAACUGGGCGCUGCCGCUCGAUAAAGGCCCGUUCAUGGCUGUUAAAGUAUGUUGCGGUGUUACCUUCACGUUCGGAGGUUUGGCUGUCAAUCCGGAGACUACAGCUGUUAUAUCGAACUCUGGAAGAGAGGUUACGGGGCUGUUUUGUGUUGGAGAGAUGCUGGGUGGUCUGUUCUAUGGGAACUAUCCUGGAGGUAGUGGCUUGACUUCUGGGGCGGUAUUUGGGAGGAGAGCUGGGACGGCAGCGGCGAGAUUAGCUGCUAUCGGGGAUACUGCGAUGUCUUCAAAGCGGCCUGCGAUUCUAUCACUUUUAUAA